AUGUUUAUCUGCGGUGUGGGACAGGGCUCCAGUGCCGUCCUUUUACACGUCCGGAGCCAGUUAUCAGUGCAGUUUGCUGAAAGCUCACUUUCUCCAUCGAGUGGUUUCAGCACCUUGUUGGAAGUGGCAAUGCAAGCCUUCGAUCCCAGCACAGAGUACGCAGCCUGGCUGGUGCUCUGGGUUGGCUGGAACGCCUUCAUCAUCUGCUUCUACCUGGAGGUUGGACAGCUGUCCCAGGACCGGGACUUUAUCAUGACCUUCAACACAUCCCUGCAUCGCUCGUGGUGGAUGGAGAAUGGGCCCGGCUGCCUGGUGACUCCUGUUCUGAACUCGCGCCUGGCACUGGAGGACCACCAUGUCAUCUCCGUCACGGGCUGCCUGCUUGACUAUCCUUACAUUGAAGCCCUCAGCAGUGCCCUACAGAUCUUCCUAGCUCUGUUCGGCUUCGUGUUUGCCUGUUAUGUGAGCAAAGUGUUCCUGGAAGAGGAGGACAGCUUUGACUUCAUCGGUGGCUUUGACUCCUAUGGGUACCAGGCGCCGCAGAAGACGUCGCAUUUACAGCUGCAACCUCUGUACACGUCGGGGUAGCUUCUGCCCGGGACCUACCCGCAUACCUGGGCAACUGGAGUUAGAAGUCGCUCUCUAAGGAGCUCGGAUCACGAUGGGCAGGCGCUCUCCUUGGCUGCCCACAGGCUGACUACACCUUGCGCAGCCUCUUCUGGAUCUACUGCCCCUGGAGCAAAUGCGGACUGAGACUCAAACUUGGACUUGACCUGGCUCUGGCUCUGGCCAUGGCCCUUAGCAGCCGAACUUCAGGGUUGGGACAGGACGGGACUGGGGGGAGGGGGAAUCGCUGGGUUUGUAUUUUUUUUAAUCUCAGCCUUGGUACGUGCCAGGGUCUCCCUCUUUCUUCAGAUUCGCUCCUUACCUAGUAUUUUGCCCUCAGUUCAAACAGCAAGACAGUCGGACUCAUCCCCCAUCUCAUCCCUCGUGUACCUGCCCUGGGGAACGACACUAUGAACUAGGAGCAGGAGUCCUGGGCUCCAGCUGCAGGGCCAUCUCUGAUAUCCUGCGGGGCAUCUCUGAUAUCCUGCGUGACAUCUGGCAGAGCCUUUACUCUCUCUGGGCCUCAGUUUCCCCACCUCAGAUAAUUAAACUAAUCCCCGAGCAGAUGACACUUCCGGCGUGCUCAUUUCUCAAUUCCCUGGGCUACAGUGCAGAUGGGAAAACUGAGGCCCAGAGACGUGAAGUGACUCAUUUGAAGCCACACAGUAAGGCUUUAGUGGAGGCAGGCUUUGAAUCCCGCAGGCUCUAGUUUUAAACUCUGCAACCCAGGAUCUGGCCUCCGGACUUGGUUUACAUGCCCCCUUGCAGCGUGGGCAUUCCCACACACUCACAUACCAUCACCACCACUCACCAGCUCCACUCUUAAAGCAAUAUACCAGUUUCUUCUCUUGUUGGGAACCAGACAGACAGAGCCCAAAGCCUUGAGCUCGGCCUGACCCACAGGAAACCUUUGUAGUCUCAGCCUGCCCUUCUUUGGCAAACCUUUGAACCUCAUCCUCCAGGAAAGCAGGGCCACCCCUCAUCCUACCCUCCACCAGGUCCUUAAGCCUGGGUCUCCUAUCCCAUGAUCCUUUGCUGCUACCCCGCCCCCUUCCCCUAGCAAUCCUACUAAACCCUCGGUUCCUACACCUACUUCACCAUUGCGGUCUCAGGAGGGAAGAAGAUGGUGUCCAGGAGCACUGAAGGGGCAGAGUGGGGGUGUGGGUAGAGUGUCAGCACCCCACCCUUCCUGGGGACAAGCAGAGAGGAAGCCUGUCCUCAUCACCUCCCUCCACAGAUGCCCUGAGGACCCUGUGUCCUGAGUUCUGCUUGGUGAUGUGUCCAGAGAGUAGCCGUCAAUGCCCCAUCUCUGGAACUGGAGCCUCCCUGACUAUGAAGCCUAUCAGAGAGAGCUUGGGCAGUGGAGACAGUUCACACCACACCGUGGUGACCACGUCCUUCCCCAUUCUCCAUUCCAGGCUUGCCUGAGCUAGGAUGGCAAACCUACUCCACUGUCCCAUCCAAAAUGCCACACGGAACAGCCAGGCCCGGGAGCCCCUCUGGUCCUCACAGGUCCCUGGCUGGUGAGCCACAUCAGAGGGUGACAGACUUCCUUUAGGCCAGGCUGCCUCUUGCCACCUGCAGCCCUCACUUCUCCCAUCCCUUCCCCAGGCCUCUUUCUAUUCAAGGGUUUAGCCACUGAUGAUUUGAAGACUUUCGGUUUUAUCAGCCGGGUUUUGCAGGGGCACUGGGUUUGCUUCUCAGUGAGACCUUAUGGACUGGGACCUCCCUGGUAUCCAUGCAGGUGGUUUGAUUAAAAAAGGUGUUUUCUUCACUG